CCACUGGACCAAUUGGGGACCUCAACGCCAUCACUGCUUCCUCUUGCUCUGAUUGGAAGACACGACCCGUCGCUCACCUUGGAUGAGAGCGAACACAAACUGCCAAGAUGAAGCAUUACGAGGUGGAGAUUCUGGAUGCCAAGACCAAGGACAAACUCUGCUUCCUGGACAAGGUUGAGCCAAAUGCCACUAUUGGGGAGAUCAAGUGUAUGUUCCACAAAAGCCAUCCUCAAUGGUACGCAGCCAGACAGUCCAUCCGCCUAGACCCAAAGGGUAAGUCUCUAAAGGAUGAGGAUGUUCUGCAGCAUCUUCCUGUGGGAACCACGGCAACCUUCUACUUCCGAGACCUGGGAGCUCAAAUCAGCUGGGUCACCGUGUUUCUGACAGAGUAUGGUGGUCCUCUCCUCCUCUACCUAAUGUUCUACUUCCGUGUUCCCUUCAUCUACGCCCCCAAAUAUGACUUCACCACCAGCAAGCACUGGGUCGUACAUCUAGCCUGUAUGUGUCACUCCUUCCACUACCUGAAGAGACUCCUGGAGACCCUGUUUGUCCAUCGCUUCUCCCACGGGACCAUGCCGCUACGCAACAUCUUCAAGAACUGCACCUACUACUGGGGCUUUGCUGCCUGGAUGGCCUACUAUAUUAACCACCCUCUAUAUACACCACCUACAAUCUAUGGUGAGCAGCAGGUCAGGAUUGCCCUAAUCAUCUUUCUGUUCUGUCAGGUUGGUAACUUCUCCAUCCAUAUCGCCCUGCGGAACCUCCGCCCACCAGGAUCUAAGACCAGGAAGAUCCCCUACCCCACUAAGAACCCCUUCACCUGGAUCUUCCUGCUGGUCUCCUGUCCCAACUACACCUAUGAGCUGGGCUCGUGGUUUGGCUUCACCUUGAUGACUCAGUGUCUGCCGGUGGCUUUCUUCACGGCGGUGGGCUUCAUCCAGAUGACGGUGUGGGCCAAGGGGAAGCACCGCAGCUACCUGAAAGAGUUCCGGGACUACCCUCCUCUUCGCUCGCCCAUCCUCCCCCUUCGUCCUCUAGAGGAGAAUGGAGACCCCCCCUCCAUCCCAAACCUACACUGGACUGAGAACCCUGCCCCCUUGACCCCCCCAAACAUUUUGAGGAGACUGUCUUAUACUAUGCUUUCCCGCACAGAAGUUUCUGCCUAACAACGCUCCUUAACCCACUUUUGAUUGGCUAUUGUUAUUUUUCUUAUUAGUGUUUUGGCUGUUUUAAUAACCUGACUGACAGUCUGGCCUGUCUCAAAUGGUACACUACAGGGCCCUCUGGUCAAAAGUAGUGCACUACAUAGGGGCUAGGGAGCCAUUUGGGAUGUAACAAGGUGUAGGCCUAUCUGCUCUGGGUUACUUUAGUUUCUUUUUUACUCAAAUGUUUGGAAGUAUAACAACACCAAAGUCUCUGAUCAGAAAUGGGAAGUAAACCAUGAGACACUUUUGGUCGUUCUGUUGGAACUUUCAUUAGAAGUCAUUCAGUUGAUAAACCAUGUCUUGAUGAUAUAGACUGUUACUAGACUGGAGACUAAUACACACCACUGUUACCACACUGGAGAUGGGGGCCAUAUGAUACAAUAGAACACUAAAUGGAAUGCAUCUCUAAGGCUGCAUUUACAGGCAGACCAAUUGUUAUUUCCCCCCCCCACAAAUUGUUCUUUUGACCAAUCACAGAUCCUUUUCAGACCUGAUUGACAAAUGAGUGAGAAAAUCAGAAUUGGGCUGCCUGUCUAAUCCCAGCCUGUGAUGGGGACGGAAUGAGAAACUAAAUUCAGAUUCUAUUCGAUCAGUUGAUGGAUCUAGAUUGUAGCAGAGCUACUGUCAGAGGGAAAGAUGUCCAUAUGAUCUAGGAUCAGCUCCCCUCUUCUAAUCAUUAUGAAAUAAAAGGCUAACCUGAUCCUAGAUCAGGUGUUGUCAGAGACGCUCA